CAGUGGAGUACCCCGCCGGCACACGGGACUUUCUUUUUUUAAAUUCUCUAUUUCACGUGAUAAACCAGGAACUCAAUCUUCAGCUCACGUUCAGAGUCCAAGAUGGCCGCCAACAACUUGAGUGAGGACGAGAAGUUCCUCUUCCUGGACAAGUCCUUUGUCAACAGCCCUGCGUCCCAGGCUGACUGGACCGCCAAGAAGCUGGUGUGGAUCCCAUCGGAACGGCACGGGUUCGAGGCAGCCAGCAUCAAGGAGGAGCACGGUGAUGAGGUGGUGGUGGAGCUAGCUGAUGGCAGCAGGAAGUUGACGGUCAACAAGGACGACAUCCAGAAGAUGAACCCACCCAAAUUCAGCAAGGUGGAGGACAUGGCUGAGCUCACCUGCCUCAACGAGGCAUCUGUUCUGCACAACCUGAAGGAGAGGUACUUCUCUGGGCUCAUCUAUACAUACUCAGGGCUGUUCUGUGUGGUUGUGAACCCCUAUAAAAUGCUGCCCAUCUAUUCUGAGAAGAUCAUUGAGAUGUACAAAGGGAAGAAGCGUCAUGAAGUUCCCCCUCACAUCUACUCCAUUGCUGACAAUGCCUACAGGAACAUGAUGCAAGAUCGGGAGGACCAGUCCAUCCUCUGCACAGGGGAGUCUGGUGCUGGAAAGACAGAGAACACCAAGAAGGUGAUCCAGUACCUGGCCAUGGUGGCCUCCUCACACAAGGGCAAGAAGGACACAAGCACAGAUUCAGCCGCAUCAUCACUCAACAAGGGGGAGCUGGAGAAGCAGCUCUUGCAGGCUAAUCCCAUUCUAGAGGCCUUUGGAAAUGCCAAGACCAUCAAGAACGACAACUCCUCCCGCUUUGGAAAAUUCAUCCGUAUCAACUUUGAAGUGACAGGCUACAUCGUGGGAGCCAACAUUGACACCUACCUGCUGGAGAAGUCCCGCUGCAUCCGACAGGCCAAGAUUGAGCGGGCCUUCCACAUCUUCUACUACAUGGUGGCUGGGGCCAAGGACAAGAUGAGAGAGGAGCUCCUGCUUGAGAAUUUCAGCAGCUACCGUUUCCUGGUGGCGGGACAUGUACAGAUCCCAGGUCAGCAGGAUGACGAGAUGUACGAGGAGACGAUGGAGGCCAUGGACAUCAUGGGUUUCACUGAAGAGGAGCGGCUAGGGAUCCUGAAGGUGGUCUCCACAGUGCUGCAGCUUGGGAACAUUGAGUUUAAGAAGGAGAGGAACCAGGAGCAGGCCACCAUGCCCGACAACACAGCGGCGCAGAAAGUGUGCCACCUACAGGGCAUUAACGUGACGGACUUCACCAGGGCCAUUCUGACCCCGCGCAUCAAGGUGGGCCGUGAGGUGGUGCAGAAGGCCCAGACCAAGGAGCAGGCAGACUUUGCGAUAGAGGCCCUGGCCAAAGCCAUGUACGAGCGCCUGUUCCGCUGGAUCCUGGCCCGUGUCAAUAAGGCACUGGACAAGACCAAACGCCAGGGUGCCUCCUUCCUGGGCAUCCUCGACAUCGCCGGCUUUGAGAUCUUUGAGGACAACUCCUUCGAGCAGCUGUGCAUCAACUACACCAACGAGAGGCUGCAGCAGCUCUUCAACCACACCAUGUUCAUCAUGGAGCAGGAGGAAUACCAGAGGGAAGGCAUCGAGUGGAACUUCAUUGACUUUGGCCUGGACCUGCAGCCCUGCAUCGAGCUCAUCGAGAGGCCGAACAACCCCCCAGGCAUCCUGGCCCUGCUGGAUGAGGAGUGCUGGUUCCCCAAGGCCACAGACGUCUCCUUUGUGGAAAAGCUGAUGAACACGCAAGCCAACCACCCCAAGUUCUCCAAGCCGAAGCAGCUGAAGAGCAAGACGGAGUUCUCUGUACAGCACUACGCUGGCAGGGUGGACUACAACGCCUCCAACUGGCUGACCAAGAACAUGGACCCGCUCAACGAUAAUGUCACACAGCUGCUCAACAACUCCUCCAGCAACUUUAUACAGGAGCUCUGGAAAGACACGGACCGUGUGGUGGGCCUGGACACGAUUGCCAAGAUGUCGGACAGCUCCAUGCCCAGCGCCUCCAAGUCCAAGAAGGGCAUGUUCCGCACCGUGGGCCAGCUCUACAAGGAGUCCCUGACCAAGCUGAUGACCACCCUGCACAACACACAGCCCAACUUUGUGCGCUGCAUCAUCCCCAACCAUGAGAAGAGGGCUGGGAAGAUGGACGCCAACCUGGUUCUGGAGCAGCUGAGGUGUAACGGGGUGCUGGAGGGCAUCCGAAUCUGCCGACAGGGCUUCCCCAACCGCAUCGUCUUCCAGGAGUUCCGCCAGCGCUAUGAAAUCUUGGCUGCCAGUGCCAUUCCCAAAGGCUUCAUGGAUGGCAAGCAGGCCUGCUGCCAGAUGAUCAAGCAUCUGGAUUUGGACCCCAACCUGUACCGGAUCGGCCAAAGCAAGGUCUUCUUCCGCACUGGGGUCCUAGCCCACCUGGAGGAGGAGCGUGACCUCAAGAUCACCGUGGUCAUCAUUGCGUUUCAGUCCCAGGCACGAGGCUUCCUGGCCAGAAAGGCCUUUGCCAAGAGGCAGCAGCAGCUGACCGCCAUGAAAGUGAUCCAGAGGAACUGCGCCGCCUACCUCAAACUGCGCAACUGGCAGUGGUGGAGACUCUUCACCAAGGUGAAGCCGCUGCUGCAGGUGACCCGACAGGAAGAGGAAAUGAGCCAGAAGGAGGAGGAGCUCCAGAAAGCCAGAGAACUGGCACAGAAGUCUGAAUCUGAGCUAAAGGAGAUCACCCAGAAGCACACACAGCUGGUGGAGGAGAGGAACCAGCUCCAGGAGAAGCUGCAGGCAGAGACAGAGCUGUACGCAGAGGCGGAGGAGAUGCGCGUGCGCCUGGAGGCCAAGAAACAGGAGCUGGAGGAGAUCCUCCAUGAGAUGGAGGCGCGUCUGGAGGAGGAGGAGGAGCGUGGCCAGGUCAUACAGGAUGAGAAGAAAAAGAUGCAGCAGCAGAUCCAGGAGCUGGAGGAGCACCUGGUGGAAGAGGAAGACGCCCGUCAGAGGCUCCAGCUGGAGAAGGUCGCAGCUGAUGGCAAGAUCAAGAAACUGGAGGAUGACAUCCUGGUGAUGGAGGACCAGAACAGCAAGCUGCUGAAGGAGAGAAAAUUAAUGGAGGAGCGGAUAGCAGACAUAAGCUCCAACCUGGCUGAGGAAGAGGAGAAAUCCAAGAACCUGACCAAGCUGAAGAACAAACACGAGUCAAUGAUAUCCGACCUGGAGGUGCGGCUGAAGAAGGAGGAGAAGAGCCGGCAGGACCUGGACAAGGCCAAGCGCAAGCUGGAGGCCGAGACCGCCGACCUCCAGGAGCAGAUGGCUGACCUGCUGGCCCAGAUCGAAGAGUUGAAGGCGCAGCUGGCCAAGAAGGAGGAGGAGCUACAGGUUGCUGCUGUGAGGAUCGAGGACGAAACAGCGCAGAAGAACCAGGCCCUGAAGAGGGUCCGUGAGCUGGAGGGGCUGCUCUCUGAGCUGCAGGACGAUCUGGAGGCUGAGCGCAGCGCCCGUGGCAAGGCUGAGAAGGCCAGGCGCGACCUGGGGGAGGAGCUGGAGGCGCUCAAAUCUGAGCUGGAGGACACACUGGACACCACGGCUGCCCAACAGGAGCUCCGGGCGAAACGGGAACAGGAGGUGGCCCUGCUGAAGCGCGCGCUGGAGGACGAGGGCCGCUGCCACGAGGCGCAGGUGCAGGAGAUGCGGCAGAAGCACGCACAGGUCGUGGAGGAGCUCAGCGAGCAGCUGGAGCAGUCCAAACGGGCCAAGGGCAGCCUGGAGAAGGUGAAGCAGGCCCUGGAGCAGGAGGCGGCGGACCUGAGCGCAGAGGUGCACUCUCUGGCCAGCGCUAAGCAAGAUGUGGAGCACAAGAGGAAGAAGGUGGAGGGCCAGCUGGCUGACCUGCAGUCCCGCUUCAAUGACAGCGAGAGGCAGAGGGCUGAGCUGGGAGACCGCCUCUCCAAGGCCACGGCGGAGUUGGACAGUGUGACAGGCCUCCUAAACGAAGCCGAAAGCAGGAACAUCAAGCUGAGCAAAGAUGUGGCCAGCCUCGGCUCCCAGCUGCACGACGCCCAGGAGCUGCUGGCUGAGGAGACCCGGCAGAAGCUGAACUUCUCCACCCGCCUCCGUCAGAUGGAGGACGAGCGGAAUUGCCUGCAGGAGCAGCUGGAGGAGGAGACGGAGGCCAAGAGGAAUGUGGAGAGACAGGUGUCCUCCCUCAACGGGCAGUUGUUAGACUCCAAGAAGAAGGCAGAUGAGCUGGCCUACAACUUGGAGCUGUUGGAGGAGAGUAAGAGGCGUCUGCAGCGGGACCUGGAGGCAGCCAACACUCAGUAUGAAGAGAAGGCCUCGGCCUACGACAAGCUGGACAAGAGCAAGAACCGACUCCAGCAGGAGCUGGAGGACCUGCUGGUGGACCUGGAUAACCAGAGGCAGCUGGUCUCCAACCUGGACAAGAAGCAGAAGAAGUUUGACCAGAUGCUGGCUGAGGAGAAGAGUCUCUCCAGUAAGUACGCAGAUGAGCGUGACCGCGCCGAGGUGGAGGUGCGGGAGAGGGAGACCAGGGCACUGUCAUUGGCACGGGCCCUGGAGGAGGCGCAAGACCUGCGCGAGGAGCUGGAGAGGACCAACAAGGCUCUAAGGGCAGAGAUGGAGGACCUGGUCAGCUCCAAGGAUGAUGUUGGCAAGAAUGUGCAUGAGCUGGAGAAGUCCAAGAGGGGGCUGGAGGCACAGGUGGAGGAGAUGCGCACCCAGCUGGAGGAGCUGGAGGAUGAGCUGCAGGUGGCUGAGGACGCCAAGCUCCGCCUGGAGGUCAACAUGCAGGCCCUGAAGGCCCAGUUCGACAGAGACCUGCAGGGCAGGGACGAGCUGAGCGAGGAGAAGAGGAGGCAGCUGCUCAAGCAGGUGCGGGAGCUGGAAACGGAGUUAGAGGACGAGCGCAAGCAGAGGGCCUCAGCAUCUGCCGCCAAGAAAAAGCUGGAGGGUGAUGUGAAGGACCUGGAGGACCAGGUGGACAUGUGCAGCAGGGGACGGGACGAGGCCCUCAAGCAACUGCGCAAGGUCCAGGCCCAGGCAAAGGACCUCCAAAGGGAGCUGGAUGAUGCCCGUGUGUCCCGUGAGGAGGUGCUGUCCACCUUCAGGGAGAGCGAAAGGAGGGCCAAGAGCCUGGAGGCUGACUUCAUUCAGCUACAGGAGGAGCUGGCCGCUGCCGAAAGAGCAAAGAAGCAGGCAGAAGCAGAGAGGGACGAGUUGUCCGAGGAGCUUGCCAGCAACUCCUCUGGAAAGUCAGCGUUCUCUGAUGAGCGGCGCCGUCUGGAGGCCAGAAUCACUCACCUUGAGGAGGAGCUGGAGGAGGAGCAGGGCAACAUGGAGAUCCUGAAUGACAGGCUGAGGAGAAGCAUGCAGCAGGCAGAACAGCUGAACUGUGAGCUCCAGGCUGAGCGUGCCAUGUCUCAGAAGAACGAGAGCUCCCGCCAGCUGCUGGAGAGGCAGAACAAGGACCUGAAGGCCAAGCUGCAGGACAUGGAGAGCCAGGUCCGGUCCAAGUUCAAGGCCUCUAUCGCCGCCCUGGAGGCCAAGAUGCAGCAGCUAGAGGAGCUGCUGGAGCAGGAGGGCAGAGAGAAACAGGCCGUUGCUAAGGGGAUGCGUCAGAAGGAGAAGAAGCUGAAGGAUCUGACCAUGCAGGUGGAGGAGGAGAGGAAGCAAGCGCUGCAAUACAAAGACCAGGCAGAGAAGGCCUAUGUGCGCCUGAAGCAGCUGAAGAGGCAGCUGGAGGAGCUGGAGGAGGAGUCUCAGCGUGUGACAGUGGCCCGCAGGAAGCUGCAGCGCGAGCUGGAGGAAGCCACUGAGGCCAACGACGUCAUGAGCCGUGAGGUGUCCUCCCUCAGGAGCAAACUCAGGAGAGGAGGGGAGCCGUCCUACAGCACCCCACGCCGCAUCGGGGGAGGGUCCCCCCGGAGGGUGAUCGAAAACGCCAACACCAACGCCGACAUGUCCGAGGAGGAGCCUGAGCCCCAGGGGGACAUCAACGGAACCAAGCCAGCUGAAUAGAGAAAACUGCCCCACCCUCCCCACCCCACACUCUUCCGUCAUUAAUCAGACAU